CUGAUAGCGAAAUGGAGAGUCCCGGUGCCCUGCCUUGGGUCUGAGGUGAGGGAGAGGUGCUCGCCGAGAAAACUGUUCUCGGGACGCUCUUUCUGAUGACCUGUCUUCUGGAAGCAGAGGAGUCCGGCUGUCUCACGCGUGGAAGACCAGACACAGAUGUAAAUGUAGCCGGGCUUAACUUUCCAACGAGGAACCGUGGUGCACCAAUUUGUAAACUUUCUGUCCGUGGAGAUUCUGCUGUUAGCCUGGCAGGCGUCUGUCGGGACCUUGGCCUGAGGCCUGAGCGUCAAGGUUAGACCCGCAGCACCGCCGACGGGACUGCUGAGGACCGGAGCGGGUGUGGCGGAGACGGUGCUGCCUGGCACGGAGGGGACCUGCGGCGCUGGGAAUCGGCCCUCCUAACGUCUGCUCUUAGUUUCUGCAGGACGCCUUUAGGCACUCAGAGAAGUAUUUAGGUUUUCAUAUAAACAAAGGUAUCAAGAUAAUCCACAAUGUCUGUAACUGAGGAAGACCUGUGUCACCACAUGAAAGUAGUUGUUCGAGUGCGUCCUGAGAACACAAAGGAAAAGGCAGCUGGAUUUCAUAAAGUGGCUCAUGUUGUGGAUAAGCAUAUUCUAGUUUUUGAUCCCAAACAGCAAGAAAUCAGUUUUUUCCGUGGAAAGAAAACUGGAAAUCGAGAUAUUACAAAGAGACAAAAUAAGGAUCUUAAAUUUGUAUUUGAUGCUGUUUUUGAUGAAACUUCAACUCAAUUGGAAGUUUUCGAACACACUACGAAGCCAAUUCUUCGGAGUUUUUUGAAUGGAUAUAAUUGCACAGUACUUGCAUAUGGUGCCACCGGAGCUGGGAAGACCCACACGAUGCUAGGAUCAGCCACUGAACCUGGAGUGAUGUACCUAACCUUGUUAGACCUUUACAAAUCCAUGGAUGAGAUUAAAGAAGAGAAAAUAUGUAGUACCGCAGUAUCUUAUCUGGAGGUAUAUAAUGAACAGAUUCGUGACCUCCUCGUAAAUUCAGGGCCCCUUGCUGUCCGGGAAGAUGCCCAAAAAGGGGUAGUUGUUCAGGGCUUAACUUUACAUCAGCCCAAGUCCUCAGAGGAAAUUUUACAGUUAUUGGAUAGUGGAAACAAAAACAGGACACAACAUCCUACUGAUAUGAAUGCUACAUCUUCUCGUUCUCAUGCUGUUUUCCAGAUUUAUUUGCGACAACAAGACAAAACAGCAAGUAUUGAUCAAAAUGUCCGAAUUGCCAAGAUGUCACUCAUUGACCUGGCAGGGUCUGAAAGAGCCAGUACUACCAGUGCAAAAGGGACCCGGUUUAUAGAAGGCACAAAUAUUAAUCGAUCACUUCUAGCUCUUGGGAAUGUCAUCAAUGCUUUGGCAGAUACAAAGAGGAAGAAUCAGCAUAUUCCUUACAGAAAUAGUAAGCUCACUCGCUUGUUAAAGGAUUCCCUUGGAGGCAACUGUCAAACUAUAAUGAUAGCUGCUAUUAGUCCUUCCUCUAUGAGCUACGAUGACACAUAUAACACUCUUAAGUAUGCGAAUCGUGCAAAGGACAUUAAAUCUUCUUUGAAGAGCAAUGUUCUUCACCUUGACAAUCAUAUAACUCAGUAUGUGAAGAUCUGUAAUGAUCAGAAGAAAGAGAUUUUAAUGUUGAAAGAAAAACUAAAAGUCUAUGAAGAACAGAAGGGCUUUAUUGAUGAAAAUAGCAAAGCAAAGUUAAUGGUUUCAAACCCUCAAAAAAAAGAAAUUGAAAGAUUUCAAGAAAUUCUAAACUGCUUGUUCCAGAAUCGAGAAGAGAUUAGGCAAGAAUAUCUGAAGUUGGAAAUGUUACUUAAAGAAAAUGAACUUAAGUCAUUUUAUCAACAACAGUGCCAUAAACAAAUAGAAAUGAUGUGCUCUGAAGACAAAGUAGAAAAGGCUACUUGCAAACGAGAUCACAGACUUGCAGUGUUGAAAACUCGUCGCUGCUACCUACAGAAGAAAAGGGAGGAGGAAUUGAAGCAAUUUGAUGAGAAUACUAAUUGGCUCCAUCGUGUGGAAACUGAAAUGAGACUCUUAGGUCAAAAUGGUGAUAUUCCAAAGGAACUCAAUCAAGAUCUGCAUUGUCACCAUUUGCACCUCCAGAACAACGAUUUGAAAGCACAGAUUAAACAUAUGAUGGAUCUAGCUUGUCUUCAAGAACAGCAACAUAGGCGAACUGAGGCAGUAUUGAAUGCUUUACUUCCAACCCUAAGAAAACAGUACUGUGCAUUAAAAGAAGCUGGCCUAUCAAGUGCUGCCUUAGAGUCUGACUUCAAGGAGAUUGAACAUUUGGUCGAGAGGAAAAAAGUGGUUGUUUGGGCUGACCAAACUACUGAGCCGACCACGCAGAACGAUCCACCAGGGGCUUCUGUGUUUAUGACCUUUCCACAACUCGCACCACUUCAGACUACUCCUUGCACAUCUUCAAGUGAAUCUAAUCUGCUUAACGUUCCUUCACAAAAAAGAACUCGAAGAAAACUAAUGUCUUCUCCCUUGAAAACAUUACAGACCCAAAAGUCUGCACUUACUGAAAGUGUACAGCUCAAUGAUUCUUUCAGCAAAGAACUUCAGCCUAUUGUGUAUACCCCAGAAGACUGUAGAAAAACUUUGCAGAAUCUACCUACAGUGACCCUAUUAAAACCAGCGUCUUGUAUUACGAGUUUUCAGGCCAUCGGCUCAAAUAUAAACAGUGAUAAUUCUCUGAAAAUGUCAUGUGAAGGUGAUCUCCCUGUCAGCAGGAGGAAAGAGUAUAGACAGGAGGAUUUGAACUCUACAUAUACUAUGUGUGAAGACACCAGGAGAUUGAACUAUAAAUUACCGGAGCAGCAAUCAGUAUCAAACAAUAACAUUGUACAAAGGCUUGCCCCUUCCUCAUUCGCAGCUGAACAUCCUCUGCCUGUACGAAGCAUGGUGCCAUCCUACAUGGCGAUGACCGCUGCUGCCAAAAGGAAACGGAAAUUCACAAGUUCUGCAUCAAGUACUUUGUUAACUGCGGAGGAAAAUUCUGGGUUUGCCAAACGUGUUCGACAAGAUAAUCCAAGCGAUAAGCACUUACAAGAAAACAGACCAGCAGUGGAAUAUAAAAGAAACAUCCAUAAAGUAAAGCCAAACAUGGUCAGAAAGUUUGGAAGAAGCAUUUCAAAAGGAAAUCUAAGAUAAGUCACUUCAGAAUCAAGAGACAGUAAAUGGACGGCUGCUUUUAAAGGGUUUGUUGCCAGCGCCCUUGCGGAAACUUACUUCAAAUUUUUAAAGAAGACCAUCUUACACAAGGUUUACCAAAAUAGCUUCAACAAACAGAAAGUGAAAUUCUUCCACUUUUUUGUAUUAUAGGCAAAUAAAAUUUUUAACAGGAAAGGUUAUGUUUUAAGUUUCUAAAAUAUUUGCUAACUUUUAAAAUCCCUAAGUCAAUGUGGUGGUAGCUCAUUUUUGCUAUUCUGCAACAGGCUGAUUAGAAUAUUUUAGAAAACAAUAGUGAGUUAAAUUAUCCUUACUGUUUUUUGAAAAUAAGGAGAAUUCAGAAGUGAUAAAAUUAUGGUCUAGGAUGUAUUUGGUCUUACAUUAUUUUAAUCAUACAUGUGACUUUUCUUUGCAAAAAUAUGUUGAUGUGUAAAUGUACAUAUAUGUUCCCAUAAAGUUGUAAAUAUUAUUUAAGUAGUCUUCAUGAAUAAAAUACUAAUAUUGUUCCAUGCUACUUGGUAUAUUAAAGUCGCAGCUUUUAUAA